CCUCCUGACCAUGAGCUGCAAACGCUUCCCCAAGAAGUACAGGGUGGGCGGCAGUAAGGUUUGCGCGCCAAGUCCGGGCGGGGAGGCCAGAGGGUGCGGGGGGCAGGUCUGCAGACACCCCCCGGGGGGGGGCAGCGGCUCGUACCCGGGCCCCGGGCCGGCGAGAGAGGGUCCCGAGCCCGACCGCGUCUGUGUCGAUGCCAAAGCCCUGGGGGGGAAACCCAGACACAGCCAUAAGAUGCUGUUCAACUGCAGAGGCAGCGAAUCGGUGUCAACGUUUCAAGAUCGAGAGAGAAGCGACAUCCACUGGAGAGUCUCGGAGCCUCGCGCCUCGACGGCCAAGAAGCCAGAAGACCGGUAUCUGGAAAACAAAUGUAACAGGAACCGCGAGGUGGACAAGGAGCCUGCGGCCCGCCCCCUUGGCUUGGGCUCGGAUCAGAAACGCCUCCUGGCUUCGGCAAACAUCGAUGUUCCUCGCCAGAGGAAGCCUUCAGAAGAAGCGGAUAUGGAUGAAGUAAUGGCAGCUGCUGUCUUGACCAGUCUUUCCACCAGCCCGAACACCUUCCACCAGCUGGUGCGCAGCCCACUUACAGGAACGCACUUAUUGGAUAACUGCAAGGUAUUGAAGGAGGGGCCACCUCUGUCUGCCAGCUACAGUAGCAGCACCACCAGUGGUAACUGGAGUUGGGACAUUCCAAGUGACCAGUCCAACCCGUCCACACCAUCACCCCCAUUGCCAGGCGACAGCUCCAAGCCAUUCCCGUUGUCCGGACAAUCAGAUGACGGCAUUGAUGAGACAGAAGGAUCUCAUUUCCUGUUCGAAGAACCGACUCCCAGGAAACGAAAGAACUCUAUGAAAGUCAUGUUUAAGUGUCUGUGGAAGAAUUGCGGGAAGGUGCUAAGUACAUCAUCAGGGAUGCAGAAACAUGUCCGCACACUCCAUUUGGGACACAAUGGGGAUUCGGACUACUGUGAUGGCGAAGAAGACUUCUACUACUCCGAGAUCGAUGUGGACGUCGACUCGUUAACAGAUGGCUUGAGCAGCCUUACGCCAAUGUCCCCAACCACCGCAAUGCCACCAGUUUUCCCUGCCGUAGAUUCGAGACAUUCAGAGCCAACCGUGGUGAAGACGGAGGAGAAGUUGGUGACUCCCUUGAGCCAAUCUGCACCGACAAAUUUGUUUCACGUACGCACUGACCAUGCUUACCAGGCGACAGCCCCUGUGAGCAUCCCGGUGUCAACAAACUUCAUCCCCAAUGGCACUGGAUUCAGCAUAUCACUGCAGUCCCCACCUGUCAUUUUUAAAGGUUCACAGGGCCCCUUAACACAGAUUCGUCCCAUCAGUAUUGUUGAGAAGCGGCAGAAUUCUCACCCGUCCUUAAAGGUACAUACGUCUCUGUCACCGUCCCCAAAACCAGGGACAGGAACAAGAAAGCCCAGGGGUGAAGGAAAGAAAUGUCGCAAAGUUUACGGAAUGGAGAACAGGGAUAUGUGGUGUACUGCCUGCCGCUGGAAGAAAGCUUGCCAGCGAUUUGUUGACUGAUGACGGGCACUUUCUGAAGUUUGUACACUCUAAAGAUCUGACAGCACGCUGUUUCCUGAACAGUAAACUGAAGUAAAGGGCAAAGAAAGAAUACUUCUUAGGAGCGGGGAGCGUGUGUGUUGCAUGGCUCUGUUUAGGUGAAGCACUUUGCAAUUGAAAUGUGUGGAUACAAUCAAAAAAAAAUCUAUGCUGGCAAUUUACUUUUCGUUAAGUUUUCUGUGAACCUGCAGUGUUUUUCAAUCGCGCUUGGAUUUCCUGUUGAGUUCACCGUUUUUUUUUGGAGAGAAAAAAUCUUUGCCAAUUUGCUGAAAUUCUUAAGCAGGCGUUUCCUCUUUUCCGACGACCUUGUUUUCACACUCUUAUCUCUCUCUCCGCCCCCAUUUAAAAACCCGAGACCCAGGCAAAGAAAUGCUUUUUCAUUCAUUCCACUUGUCAGGAAACACAUUCUUGCACAUCGAAGGGAGGAAAAAGAAAAGCAGAUUAAAUUUAUCGCCGUAAAUUAGAAGCUUGGCUUUUGCUGGAUUUUUGAAACAGUUUUUUAAAAAAAAUACAUUUCUCUCUGUUUGCUUUUGGUCGCGACGGAUGAGAAGACAGUUGAUACUGUUACAACAAAACACUUACACAGGUCGUUGGUCUCGAGUUUUUUUUAAAAAGCAAAAACCUUUUCAUUCUUACAAUUUUUUUAUGUCGUUAUAAGAUAUGUAGUACAGUGAGCAUUUUGGGGGAAUGGAACUAGGUUCAGACUUAGCUGGAAACUUCAGGAAGUGCCAACGGGCUAUCUCUCGUUGAAUUGCACUAGGCUUGACUGCACAAAGAAAUAGUUCUGGGGUGGGGGGAGGGAGGGCGGGCGGGGGGGAGAAACAAAUUGGGGGCACCUGAGAUGCACUCUUAUAUUAAAAAAAUUGUGAGGAAGGUAUGUGUGAGAUGUAAAUAAUGUCGCUUUUAUUGUNAAAAAAAUACAACUUUUUUGUAGUGUAGCUUUAGUUUAUAAGUUGCGAGAAAGAAGAGAGAAAAAAGCUGAUGAAGAUGGUUUCAUUUGUUCAUGAAUGUACGACAACCAUCGUUUCAAAUGUUUGGUCACUAUAUGUUCAGUGCUGGGUUUGCCAUCAUUUUAGUUGCCUUUAAACCGUUGCGUAAGUGUAGCUUGCUAACCACUGCAUUUUGUUUUGCUUGGUUGCCAUUUAUGACUGUGACCAACGCUGACUGACUGUUGCGUCUUCAUUCAGUUACCAGGACAUUAAGCUAAAUUCAAUCGUAUAUAUACUACCAAUUGUAUCUCAACUCUUCAGUUAGAAAUUGAUGCCGAAUGUUUUACAGCAAAUGGAACUUGGCAGCUUACAUUAGCAGUUUGAUUCAAUACAGGGUUUAAGAUUUCUUUCCAUCAGUUGGUCACUGGCCAUUGCAAAGGUAGUGUACGAAAGGGUCGAAAUACAAUUCAAGCAGCUGUCUGCUUACUGACAGUGAAUAUUGCCAAAAAGUUGUGACUGUUGCAGUACAAAGGUGAUGCUGCUUUGUAUGUCAAAAGAGGUUUUUUUUGUGGAAAAAAAAAUCGCUAGAUUGUUCAUUGGAGAGUCAUCAGGAUUCAAACUCUUUUUUUUAAUUGUACUGAAAGAUUCACCCCGACUUAAACCUUGAAAGACCCAGGGUCUCAUUAAACAAACAUCUGUUACUUGAGUUGGAGAGAGAGAAAACAGGGAAAUGCCUUCAGGCUUAUUAUACCCUGGGUUUUGAUCAGUGUUUGUAUUGUUGUAUUCGAAUGACAAUAUACCAAAGGACAGUCUCUCCGUGAACACUUUAUUAAGAUGUGCUGAAUUCUCAGGAUUUUAAUGUUUGUAACAACUGUAAAAUGAAAAGGAAGAGACUCUAAUGUUUUUAAUUAUAUACUGGAUUUUUUUUCUUUUUUUAAAAAAAAAGGGCUUUGCCUAUAUACACAUUGCCACGGUGGUCUCUGACCACAAUUGAUGGCGAAAACAAAUGAAUGUUAACUGUUAACUUUUACAGCUUUCUUUGCAUUAAUUUUCACAUUAUUUUUUGGGGGGGAAAAAAAUAAGUCAGUGGUUUAAUUCUCCAUACAUCACAUAUACGAAGAAAACUUCAACCCACCACAAAGCUUGUUUUAUUGCCAAACUGAUUUGUAUUACAUAGUUGUGGCAGUAAACAUUCCAAGAGAGGAGAGAAGUUUAUUUCUGCUUCGAAGACAGGAUUUGUAUUACCAGCAGUUGUACCAGCUUUGGUUUCAGACUUUUUUAUCAUUGAACAGGUGAAGAAAUCAUAAUCCUUUUGGGGGAAAUGCACUUUUGUAUGAAAAAUUAUGGAUGAUAAUAUGUGUAGUGUACUUUUUAUAAUGUUGAAGAGGUGCAGCAUUUGUUUUCCAUAAUGUGUUCCAGUGGGGUUGUAAAAUUCUGAUGGUUUUGCAAAGAAACAAUUACUAAGUUAACCAGAGUGGGAAGGACCUAUGUUUUUCUGUACAUACAUCUGUAAACGCUGCCAUAUAUUACAUGAGCAGCCAUGCCUACUGCUGAGGUUUACGUGCCAAUGUAAUGGUGGGUUUCAUAUUUUUUAAAAAAAACACAAGAAAUAAAGAUCCUCAGAACUGC